AUUUAUCGCCCAGUACUCAAUUUUGCACGAAAAACGAGGGAAACGUUUCAGUCGUGACGGCGAAUUUUAUACAAAUAAGAAAUUAAAAUGUCUUCUAAGAGAUCUUACAGUAGAGAUAGAAGAGAUAGGAGAAGUGACGACAGGAGUGCCAAACGACGUGAUAUUAAGAGACAGCAUAGCUCUGAUUCAGAGAGUCCAAGAAGAGAUUCCUAUGAUAGAAAAAGACAGAGAGAUAGAUAUGAUAGAAGGGAUAGAAGAAACGAUCGGCCCAAACACUCACAACACGCAAAGUCUUACUCAGAUAUGUUCGGUAAAAAAGAAAAAGUUGACGAAAAGAAAGAACCUGAGAAGCCUAAAGAGAAACCUAAUUUUGGUUUAUCGGGAAAAUUGGCAGCAGAAACUAAUACCUAUAAAGGUGUAGUAAUUAAGUAUGCGGAGCCACCUGAAGCUAUGAAGCCGAAGAAGAGAUGGAGAUUGUAUCCUUUUAAAGAAGGAGAAGCCCUAAGCACACUGUAUAUUCAUAGACAAUCAGCAUAUUUAAUAGGUAGAGAUCGAAAAAUUGCUGAUAUGCCAGUAGAUCAUCCUUCAUGCUCAAAACAACACGCUGUUAUUCAAUAUAGACUUAUGCCGUUUACACGGGAAGAUGGAUCAAAAGGAAAGCGUGUAGUACCUUAUAUAAUUGAUUUAGGAUCAACGAAUGGAACAUAUGUCAAUGGAGAACGUAUAGAAGCUCAGCGUUAUGUAGAACUUAUUGAAAAAGACCUUCUAAAAUUUGGAUUUUCAUCCAGAGAAUACAUUCUGUUACAUGAAAAUAGUGGGAAUGCUGGAGGUAGUCCUCGGGAAGACAGCCCUAAAUCAGCCUAA